AAAAUGAUUGACUUGAAAAGUGAAUGGAAAAGUAAUAUUCUUGGAAGAACCUUAUUUUUUAGGCAUUUGCAAGUAAAAAAAAAUACAUCACACCUGUCAAAUGCCACAGCUGUUUCUAUGACAACCAUUGUUUACAAACAGUCCAAGAUGUCCAACGUAAGCGAUAAAAUAAAUACACAAGCUAAUAAAAAUGCCACAGUUUCUGCUUCAAACAACAAGUUAACAAAGAACAGAACACCUAGACGUGUGAUAUCGUCACGAAUGCUUCCCUCACAUAUAGAUGGCAGCAAAAGUUGUCCUGCUGGAGUUCUAGACAUCGAUCGAAUAUCUAAAACGCUACCUAUAGCCAGACCGAAGAAAACUACAAAAUCAGAUUCAAUCAUUAAAAAAUCUAACAAAGAUCUGGAUUUCUGCAAGAAAUGUGGUGACGCAGUUUCAAAAACGAACAACUCAAAAUCUAAUACAAAAAGUACCUCAUCAUCAGGUAAACUUUCAGACACCUCAAGAACUAAGUCUAUUAUAGCCAAUGAAAGACCAACACACGUGGAUCAGUAUUACAGAAAUGAAAAUUUUCGUAGAUCCUCCGAAUCUAUACAAGAUGUUGAGAACGGUUUUAAGAAAAUGUCGCUAGAUACUAUUAAAGAAUUGCCUGAGAGGCGUUCUUCCGAAGCUAGUAAGCUUAAAACAGACAAAUCAGAAAUUUUCGACGAAUAUCCCAUAGAAGAUAUAGGGUUUGUUGAUACAGAAGAUAUGGGAAGUGUAAAGAAAUUGAAGGAGUUUAGGGAUAAAAACUAUUUCGAAUGCCAUUCCGCCAAGUCGAGAAUAGAAAACAAGAUUAGUGCAAUCAGUUUGAAAGACCAUAAAUGUACAUACAGAUUCUAUUUAAACGAUAGAUUAUUCCCAGUCCCUGUGAGUACCGACCACCAGGACAAUAUUAGAUGUGUUGAAUGUCACUUGCCUUUGAAUCUGAGAAAUUCUGAUGAUGCAACGCAAGCCAAUGGAUUUAUCCAAGCUAAAAUAAGAUUAGGACAAGGCGAUCCGCAGGACACUGUUAUGUUUUUGCCUGUAAAAGACCAACUUAUUAUUAAAGAGAGAAAGAAAGAUGAGAAGAAGGAAGAAGAAGCGUAUUAUUUUGGCGUGAUAAAGUUAGACAAAAAUGGAAAUUCGAUCUUCAAUCAAAAUUUACCAAGUAAUUCAUUCGCUUUGAAAUAUCAAAAGGGCUAUAAAGAAUAUCACCAAAAUGAGAAGUACAGACUGGAAAGUGUGGAUAGUAAUGUAAUUGUUAUAUAACUUUAUAUGCAUUUUUUAUAAUUAGGCUAUGAAA